CAAACUCCUCACUCAUCGUCCCAAACGCAAAGUUAACAGUCAUCGACAGACAACGGGCACGUUCACAAGAUAACAUCAUUUUUACACCUUUUAACGAAUUGGAAGCAAACCACCCGAAGAUAUUUCCCGAAACCCUGAAGGAUUAUUUUUCUCGUUACCUUGCGGCAUCAAUAGGAAGGUGGAAAACGAAGCCGAGAACAACAAAAAACAACAAGCUUCACCAUCAUCAGGUGGACCACCAACACUUUCCACAAGCUGGUUGAGCGACGCCGCGCUGUGAGCCGAAAAAUUUGGAAUUCCGAAAAUGAUUUUCAGUGAUUUAAUAUUCUGCGUGCAUUUUGUGGUUCUGUUUCAAUGUUGGAACACCGUCGAGGGCACCGUUGUAACUUCCGACCUCAGCAUCACCACCACCACCACCACCACCAUCGACGGCGUCAUCCUUCAUGACGGUGGGGAAACAGGACCAGGCGAAUACUCGGAAACUUCAUUAUCAACACCAGCCGCUAUAACCGUAGUCCCAAAUUUGGAUCCGUCGACAACUUUCGCUUACGACAACGCCGGCGACGAUGGCAUUGAAAUAACUGCCGCUGCCCUAGUUAACUUCAGUGCAGCAGCAGCUUUCAGCGGUGUGACUGGUAACAAAACCGAUUCCGGAUCCCGGGCUGAUUAUGGCCGAGCCCUCGGAAAACCAACAAGGCCGUCAUCGCCGAUGCAAAAGUAUGGCCUUCCGGGAGAGCUCGGUCAAUACUGCACGUCCCAGGAGGACUGCCGCCAGUACGCCCACACCUGCGAUACGCGCCGCCAAAGUUGCGACUGUGCCGAAGGAUAUCGACCGGAUGAGCCGGAGGGCAAAACCUGCGUCGGAGCCAUCGGAAGACGCUGCCAGUACGACAGCCACUGCAUCCCGAAUGCUUACUGCCGGGGACAAAUGAUCUGUAAGUGCAAGCGAGAAUUUGGCCAUCUCUCCGAGGAUAAGUGGUCAUGUCAAGCUUCGUCCUCUCGAUCCCAAAUCCUGCAGCAGUCGGUUUCCCGAGGACCCCUGGUGGCGUUGCUGCUGCUGACUUCCGCCACGGUUGCAAUCAUUUUGCCGUCGUCGUCGCUUCUGGCUUAACUUGAACUCGAGGGCUGUCCUCCCCCACGCUGAGCGCUCCGAACAAUCUUUCUCAAUCCUUCCACCAUACUUCUCGCCGAUCGGGGGAGGAUGGGUUAAAUUUAUUUAUAGUUUGAUUGGAUUAAAAGUAAGCAGUAACCCCCUCAAGAAAAAUAUCCAACAGCAAGUCAAAAAAAUAAAUUGCCCCCGGGUGGACCCGGAUGGGAAGCAUUUUCUUGAUUCCUUCUCAUCAGCCACAUGGUUCUUCUAAGUAAGAUUCGGUACUUCGAGUGGAACAAAGGUCCUGGGUCCUGCGCCUUUUUUCGCGAGGGGAAAAAUCGAAGCCAUACAUCAGCCGCUAACAACACGCCUCUACUAUCUCACCAGCAGACCCUUGAAUUGUCCCUGCAGAACUGUUAUGCUGCAAUCAUAUAUUACGAAUUGGUGCAGCAUCGAUCGGAGACGCUAUCGACGACGAUGCUUCCACAGCCUUCAAAUCGUGGCCAGUCACACCAAACACCCAAAUUUAUUUCAGCAGAGAAAGCAAGAGAGGGGAGCUGUUCGGGUAAAAUCAUGAAACGUUCAAGAUUUCCUAGAGAAGAAAAAUCACUCAACUGCCAAAAUUGGAUGGAUGCACCGAAGGAAAAAGCUGUUACCUUUUGUUAAGAAAAACAUUUGUUGAACUAAAUAAAGUUGAUUUUAAAUUUC